AAAUCUUACAGAGCUCGUCAACAAAACUUUCACAUUCUCCUUCUCCGAUCAUCUCCUUCCUCCGCUACCUCUCGCCGGAAAUAACAUAAUGGCUGCUAGCAGUCAUCAAAGCCUGAGAAAAGCCAUUGGGGCUAUAAAAGAUUCCACAAAAGUUGGACUGGUCAGCUGCUUAAACAGUGAAAACAAGGAUGUGGAUGUUGCAAUUGUCAAGGCCACAACCCAUGAUGAAGCAUUGCCAAAAGAGAAACAUAUCAAGACUAUUCUUGAUGCAGUUUCAGCUUCACGACCUCGCGCUGAUGUUGCUUACUGCAUUCAAGGUCUUUCCAAACGUCUUACUAAAACUCAUAGUUGGAUGGUUGCAUUAAAGACUUUGAUAGUUGUGCACCGUGCUUUGAGGGAAGUUGAUACUUCAUUUUGUCAAGAAGUGAUAAAUUUUAGCAGGAGAGGUCUUAUGUUGAACCUCUCUCAUUUCAGGGACGAAUCAAGUCCAACUGCAUGGGAUUAUUCAGCCUGGGUUCGUAAGUAUGCCUUGUAUCUUGAAGAGCGAGUUGAAUGUUUUCGCUUAUUGAAAUAUGAUGUCGAGAAAAGCCAAUUGCAGAAAACUAAGGGACUGCAGACUGCGGACUUGCUGGAACAGUUACCUUUCCUGCAACAGCUUCUCUUUCGCCUUCUUGGUUGCAAGCCGGAAGGAGUGGCUAUGCACAAUGGUUUGAUUCAUUAUGCCCUUUCAAUUGUAUUAAGAGAGAGUAUUAAAAUUUAUGUUACAAUUACUGAUGGGAUUCUCAGUUUAGUUGACAAGUUUUUUGAGAUGCAGUGCCAUGAUGCUGUUAGAGCACUGGAAAUUUAUCGAAAGUCAGGGUCUCAGGCAGAGAGCUUGAAUGAGUUGUAUGAGAUCUGCAGGGGGCUUGGUUUCGUGAAGGAGGAGUACAAAAAAAUUGAACAGCCCCCUCCAUCUUUUUUGGCUUCCAUGGAAGAGUAUGUGCAGCAGGCUCCACAUUCUAUAGCGUUAGAAAGUGCAGAAGGUGUUCCUGUUAUAGAAGCUCGGAAAGUAGUUGCUGAUGCUCCUGAAAGUGAUACAAAUAUUACAGAAGCCGACCAAUCUGUGUCUCCUGAACCAAGGAGUGACCAAGGUGGAGCUAAUCUACUAGAUCUUGAUGUUGGAAAAUCUACGACAACCCCUGAACUGAGGAGCAACCACAUUGAGCUUGCAGCCAAGCAUCAGAUUUUUGACCUUCUGGGCUUGGAUGAACAAAACCCGGAAGCAUCUCAAUUGGAGGAGAGGAAGACAUCACCAGGGGACUGAGGCGUACCUGGGUAUUUUGUCAACUGGAAACUUCCCUCAGACUAUUCUGCACUUCACAAUUCCCUUCAGAACAAGGUAUUCGGCAGCGUACAGACAGCAUGCAAUUGCUCCAGCCAACAGUCACCACAACAAGAAACAAGCAAUCAAUUUCCCAAUGAUAAAUUGUAUAUAAAUGGGAAUAUUUCCAGUGAAUGUAUUUCCUGUAUUAAAUAUCCUGUAAUGCAACACAAAUUCUCAAGUGUAGUUCAAUACAAAUCUCAAGUUCACAAUA